AUUGUGAAAUAUCCCAAAAUUCGAUUAUAAAAAAAAAAAAAAAAAACAAAGAGAAAUGCAAACAUUUGCUUCAGGAAGAAGAGUCUGCCUCAACCUCAUCACCGUCGUCUUCUUAUCGCUGCUCGCUCUGAUCGUCAUGGCUGAAUCUACCGGAGAAACACCGUCCGAAGCGAAGGUUCACAUCAUCUACACCGAGAAGCCUACCGAUGAGGAACCCAAGGACUAUCAUCUCCGUACCCUUUCCUCCGCUCUCGGCAGUGAUGAAGCUGCAAAAGAUGCGCUGAUUUACAGUUACAAGGAAGCUGCUUCUGGUUUUUCAGCUAAACUCACACCUGAGCAAGUCGCCGAGAUAUCAAAACAACCAGGUGUGCUUCAAGUUGUGCCGAGCCAGACCUAUCAGCUGCACAAACCUGGUGGUGGUUUCAAGUUGACCUAACGUUGACUCUGUGUAUCCAUCUUCUUCUCAACUUGAUCUGUUGGUUUACAGAGACUAGCUUCUUGUUGUAAUGUUGUGGCUUUGAACUAGUAUCUAACUAAAAUAAUGUCAUGGAUUUGGAGUUGUUAUGUGUUGUUGAGAAUCGAGUUUCUUCAAUAUAUAUUAUUUUAAGAGAAAUGUUUGUUUUUUUAGUUCCUUUCAUAUGCGUUAAUUCGGAAAAGAAAUACUAAGGAAUAAAAAUAAUAAUCUGGUUUCAAA